UCCACCAUUAGACGUCGACAUUUUUCAAAGCUCCCAGAAAAUUGAGCUUUUAGAGAGUCAUCCCUAAAAUUCCAUCCCCAAAAUACUGCAAAACCCUCCUGGAACCACAAAGUUGGUGAAGUGAGUGUGAAAUUUUGCCAAAAAAGCUUCAAUUUCUAGCCAAAUAAAAUCCAUUUGCCAAAAACUAAAAAAAAACAGGGCGUCAACCAUGGAAAAUUUUCGGGUACAACUCAUCAAUAUGGGCACAAGAGCGGCUGCUUAUCAAGCCAAGCUCAGAUGUCUCUACGAUUAUCAUCUAAGACUUCUGCAUAACAUAAUACCGCUCCCAUCCGGAGUGGACAUAGCCAACAAUAUCAAGUACUUCUCCCAGACCCUACUCACUCUUCUGAAAGAUGUGCCAAGCUCUCCGUACCAGAUGAUUAAAGACCCAACUCAGGACCAAGCGCGCAUGUCCGCCUACCCCAACCUCGAAUACGGGAAUCUGUACAAUGCCCUCAACAUGCUCCUCGAUGUGGCAUCCAACAUCCAGUACGGCUUAGUGAUGUUCGGCAAAGCGGUACUUCAGUGCCUGGGUUGCAUCUUACCCUUUCUGGAUAGGGAUCUCAUUGACAACCUUCCUUACUUGACGGCAUCGUGCAUCUCAGUUCUACCGCCGUCUCUUCACCAGGAUAUCAUAAAUUCGCUAUGUUUUUAUAUCCUUCCAUUCACUAUUACUCGGCAAAGCGUUGAGGACCAAGAAUGCCAAGCUUGUCAAUCAGUCUCUGCUGUAAUAAUGCUGGUAUUCCAGUAUUCUUCAAAUCCAGGACAUCAUUGUCAAUUGCUAGAAUGCUUAAUGACGCUAAAGCACAACGUUGUCAAGGAUCUACUUUGCGUUAUUGCAUAUGGAACGGCAGCUUCUAGGUCCUCAGCUGCUAAGCUGCUUUUCUACUACUGGCCGGCCUUCAACACAAACCUCUUCGAUCGACGAGGGUUACUUUGCAAAUUUACCAGUAAGAUUUUUAACUUAUGCUUUAAAUUUACGUUUCUUAUUCAAAAUAUCCUUUCAGAUGACUUGGUUCCUUUUGUUUGCCAAAGAGAAUCCUGUCCAAAUGCUGGCAAUGCUGAAGCAGUAAAAGUUUGCUAUAAUCACAACAUCAGCAUCAUUUACGCUCCCGAGAGUCCUCCACCUCUCUAUCUUUGCAUUGAAUGUGCCAACGAUAUCCACCGAGAGCAUCCAGAUCAGACCUUUGUGGACAUUCUGCAUCCGAUGCAACAGGUUUCAAUGGUUUGCGAAAACAAAAAUUGCAGAUCUACAGAUAAGUCAGCCGUAUCCAUUUGCUUCUCAACUGAAUGUGCCAGUUACAAUGGGAAUCAUCCUAUAAGGUACUGUCUUCAGUGUCAUGGGAAUCGUCACAAUAGUAGAAGAGGUGGUGAUCACGUCGUUCAUCAAAGUUUACCUGUAGCUUGGCACAUGGAUGCCGAAAUGCAAACUUAUAUGGUAGAGUCUGUGGUAAGCUUACUGCGAGAAUCAAAGCCUCAGAACUUCGAACCUGGAAAAGACUCAACCGUAGAUUCCACAAAACCAUCGGUUUCAAAUGCUCCACAAGACAACAUCAGUUUGGAGGAGCGUCAACAGUUAGGAAGAUACGGGAUUUGGUUGCUUGUGGGAAGAUGUACUCCUACUCAAGACACUCCUGUGGAGAUUUUAGGACGUCUACUCUCCAUGUUGUUCCACUGGUUCCAUGUAACAGCUUACUCCACUGAAAGUCAGCUUGAAAGUCCACUAGAGAAACUCAAAAUUGAACAUGUCUGCGGAUGGCUCAAAGACAUCUGCGAAAGUCACUACAAGGACUUCAUCGCUUGUCUACUGCCACAUCCCCCGGAAUAUUCAAGAGUCGGAGGCCAUUGGGACACUUUAGCUUCUCGAACUUCGCAUCUCAAGGAAGGUCUGCAACGUCUGAUCUGCCUGGUUCCGUACGAAGUCAUCACUUCAGAGAUCUGGGAUUUUGUGAUGCCUCAUUGGAUGGAAGCCAUCACGAAUGAUGUGCCAGAGAAGGAAUUACCUGAACUCAAAAUAGUUCUAAGUAAAAUUCUAGAUCCUGAUAUGUCUCCCCUGGGAUUUGAUGCAAAGACAAUGUACAACUUCGUAACGAUUCGUUUCGAAAAAACUACGUCGAAAGUUCAGCAACAAGCUCUGCAUUGGCUGCAGAUCCUGACGAAACUUGAAAUCUUGAUUCCGCUUCCGCAACUCUUUGCAAUGUUCGGAGAUGGUGUUAGGAUUAUGAAACAGGGAGCUCAUCAUGACAUGAAGGAGAAGGAGAGAAAGGAUGGGAAACCAAUUGAGAAGAAAGAGCAGGCUCCAAGGAGAUCGUCGAUUUCACCGGUGGUUGAGGAUGAUUCAGACGGGAACACCUCAGCAAUUUCUGAUGAAGAUGCUCCUCAAGCAAAGACAACGGAAUUCGCCACAGAUGCUGAGAACAACCUAACUUGUUGCAUCCUGAUGUUGGACAUCUUGCUGAAGCAGAUGGAGUUGCAGGAUAUUGAACAACACAUGGGAAUCCAUACUAGUGUCUGUGAGAACGUCUGUAGACUACUAAAGUGCAUGGUUACAGCUGCUAAGGUCGGAAUGGGCAGUCACACUUGUGGCUUGAAGAUAGCUGAAUGUGGGUACUGUGAAGCUUCUGUAAUGUGGCAUCAACUUUCUACAAAGCUCGUUCAAUUCAUGGCACCUAUGAAUCCUACAAGGCCUCCUGACCCACCAAUUGAAGAGAUCUUUGAUGACGAAAGGUCAGCCAGGAAGAGUCCUCCUGAGACUGAGAAGGAAGCCAAAGGAAGGGACCGGGACGUUUCGCUCUCCAUGGCACCUUUGCCAAUUCCUCUCGGACCUUUAGGUGGUUUUUCAGAUGAUCCUGGCAAGUUAGUUAUUAUGGCAGGUCCAGUACCAGUUGUCCUGCCACAGCCGCCAGAGCCACACUCAAUCGGAGGGGUCCUGGUCUCCAUGCCCAACGUGUGCUCUGGACGUGAACAAGACAUUGCGCGCUUUAUUCAUGCCACAGACGAGCCGUUGUUUCAGAUAAUGACUGCCACGGUGGAAACAGUAUCGGAGCAGCUGGACCUGGCUGCUAUUAUGCCCUCCGAGAAGGUGGUCACGGCUGUGGCGAGGUCGGUUACCCUUUCAGAUGCUGACGUUGCAACUGCAACCGUUCAAGUGGCUAAGCCGAACCUAGUUGGACCUGGUAGCGAAGGUGAUAGGAGUGGAGACGGAGAAGAUGGAGGAGAUGAACUUGAAGAUGGAGAAGACUUCUGGCAUACUUCAGUUGGAAAAUUCAAAUUUGCUUUAGAUUCCUUACCGCAACAACUUCAGUACAUCCAUCAGUUGCUUAAAGAGCUGCCGAAUAUUGAGAAACCAGACAUCCUCUAUCACAUGCUACAGUGUCUAAAUAUCUUAGCUUUGCAUGGAGAUGCCUUAUCCAAGGCAGCAAGAGAUCAACGGGGAUUUUUCAUUUGGUGCCAGGAGAACUUAAUAAUCAAGAACCUCUGGGACCUCUGCAAUGCUGAACAUUCCCAUAUCUGCGAGUCUGGAGUUCCUUUGUUGCUGCACUGCAUCACCCUUCCUCAUGGAUCCGACGUCUUCUGGCGCAUCGUGCAGGAAGCUUUCCACGAUUCCGACUGGCGGGUGCGCUUCACAGCCGUAGAAAGAGUAACGGUCAUUACACGCUUCAUGGAUUCAACCCCCCUGAGAUCCGAAGUCGGUCUUCAAACUGCCCUUGCAACAGCCUUCUGUCAUCUCAUCGCCAGCAUGGAUGACAUCAACGUGCAUGUUGCUCAAAGGGCUACUCUGUAUUUAGGAACCAUCCAUGACAAUGCCGUCAAAAGCUUGCUGUUCUGCCUAGAGUCGCAGUUCGAUCUCUUCAUAGUUGAUCGACCUGUUGUACUCCAGAGCGUAUAUCAGCUGCACAAUUCGUUGUCAGAUCGGCAUGUUUUGGCUUGGGACUUCUUUCUCAAUCGCUUCGAUACCCUCUUCGUGGAAGCUCAGGUUAACCUUGAGAAGAACGGAGAUAUUUCCUAUCUCAGAGAUCUACGAAAUUCGGAGAACGGUAGCGAGAUCCUAUCAUCGAAGAUCAGCAAGGCCCGGGAAGCCCUAAGUCAGUCAGAUGGAACAGGGAGUAUGGCAAAGACACUGAGUGCGUCUUUUGGCCCCAAAUGGCCGUAUAAGCGCACAAUGUCAGCACCCGCCAGCAUCAUCCCACGCCAGGACUCGAAAAUGGAGAAGGAGAAGGUGUACAACCGGCAAAUAUCAGCGCCAAUUCUCAAGCGGAAGAGUUCACGCUUCGGACUGGGUCAGUUUCUCCUUUCGGGAACUAAUCAUAGUCACACUUCUUCAGUAGCCACACAGCAUUCUCACUCACACCACCACCAUUUCGCUCAUCCCCAUCCGCACCACAGCUCGCCCGCUUCGCAGUCGGGCUCGGGUACGGCCCCCUCGACGCCCAAUCUCACCGCCGCCCACCAGCAUGUCUAUCAGUUUCCGGCGCCGGGCGCUCCGGCGUCCGGAUCAGCAUCGGGGGCGCCAGAUGGGCAUUUCCAUUCAUUCGGUGGAGCAGGAGAGGAUACUCUCUCCAGUUGUCUACAUCGGAUUAUCGAUCUCGAGGAGCAGGAUAAGGAAACCAUCCACCUGUUGGUCUUUCUACUCAUGCAAUUCAUGUCUAGAUCUGACCAAGCUUUCCCAGCCGAAGAAAAUAAACCCAUGGCAAAAGCUCAGUCAAUUGUCCUGAGGCACUUGUACCUUCUCUUGGGAUUUAGUCAGCAUGAGAAGAACUUCCAGAUGUCCCCAGGCAGACUAAGGAAUUCCACAGUCUUCAACGUUUUCCUGGCCAAUCUUCCCCAAGUUCUGGAUCAGAAUCAUCUCAUGGGGUGGACCCUUUUACCAACUGCUCUGCAAGUUCUUCUCUAUGCUCCAAAUCCCAUGAAUGGGUCAUCAGCACCAACAGCUGAGGCUCAGGCCAAUCUGGCCUAUACCUAUUCCCUGUGGUACUUGGAACCACAUCAGAGGAGAAACUGGUUGAUGGCAGUGAUUGUGAUACUCUACAAGUAUCAGUACACUCAACCACCCUUCUGCACCCAAAUCAAUCACAUCAUUAGGAUUGUGCUCAAUUGCUUGGAAUCUCAAUUUCAUCAGUGCAAAAGAAUUCCAGCCACAGUAAUUAUGGAUCUUCCUGUGUCAGCACGAUCCCGGGACGUUAGUCAACCAUCUUUGGGCACUGACCCCGAUGACAAGAUCCAGGAAACUCCACCAGCUUCUCCAAUUUUAGUUGCAGCUGAGUCAUCUGGAGCAUCUUCUAGGACUAAACCUACUCCUAAAGCUACUUUCCGGAAAUACCACGAUUCGAGCUUGGAAGCCGAUGAUACAGAAUCAGAACUCGUAGCCAUUCCUGAGAGUGAUUUGUCGGACAGUACUCUGCAUGGAAGUAGUGCUCCAGGAUCUUUUGAUGAUCCUCUGCAUUUCGAGGAGAUCUGUGCUCCUUUAAAGCCGGAAAUCUUGCGAAACAAAGCUACAGCCCAUGUAACAACAGCCAAUCUCGCCACAGCUCACGUGGCGAUGUCAACUCUUACUCCCGGAGAUCGUGUGGAGGAAAAGACAGAAACUACAAUGUCGAGAAAGACUCAAAGGACCAUUGUUGCAUCUGGUGCUAAAAUCAAUGAACCGGUUGUACAUAAAACCACAACUUUGGAAUCAACUUCUGUGACAACAACCAAAUCUUCAGUUGUUACAGUUCAGGAUGGAGUUAAGCACUUAAUUGCAGCUGGUCAAGCCAAAGAACGAGCCAUCCUGAAUCCCCCAGUUACUGUCCAGAGAGCUGUUGUUGUCAGUCAAACAACAGUUGUUAAGGAGCCAGAAAAGAGUACAGGAAAUGAACCAGAUUCUGGAAGUGAAGCAAAGAAGGGUACAAGCAACUGGACUGAACAACCAGCUCCAUCACCAACUCCUAGAACUCUAGGGAGACAGAAGAGGGUCAUAGAACCUAGUAUUACUCCAGCUAGCACUCCAACAUCCAAUGCUGGACUUCCGUCACCAUCCAAUGAGGAUACAGCCAAAGGAAAUAAUUCCAAGGCAAUCAACAAAAAAAGCUUCAAAGUUAUUGAAAAGCCCGAGAGCUUUGGAUCUCCUGAUUCUCCCCUCUCAAAGAUGAGUAUCAUGACUCAGCCAUCACAGGACAGCAGUGAUGGCUUACUGUCGCCAAAGAGCAUCCAACAGCUGGAGAUCCCUACUCCUGAGCGUCUCCUCCCUAUUGGUCAGCAUGGAAAGGAAGGGAUAGCUAUGUUGGCUGAGCGUGUUAGGGAGGCUCUGACUAUUCCUGAAGUCUGUCACAUCAAGCAGGACAGCCUAGAGAAAUCUGAUAGCGAUCAGAAACCAUCCAGCAGAGGAAGUUCUCCAAGGAGGCUAAUCAAACAAGUUGCCCUGGUUGAGUCCCCUCCCAGUGAUCUCCAUCAAACUGUCCUGAGAGCUGUUACCCAUGAACCAAGAGACCGAAUCUCUGGAACAAGGACUCCCGAGCAAUUCAGAAUCCAGAGAGCUCGAGCAAAAAAGGUUUUCCCCGAACCCUCAACAUCUCUGGACCGAACAACAGCAAAGUAUGCUGGUUCUUGGCAACCUUUGAACUUCAAGCAGGAAGAUUCUGAACCCGAAGAUGACAGUCAUCAUUCCCAAGCUUCAGAGAGUCGAAGAAGCUCCUAUCGUGUUGGAGAUGACUGCGUUUGCGGAAGAUGCGGAGAAUGCGGUGCAGUCCUUGAGGAAUAUAGUGAUGAGGAGAUUGGCAUCCUCAUCAUCAUCUUGGGAACUUUUAUUCACAGGGAACCCACCCUGGCCGCACCUUUUCUCCCAGAAAUCCUUCUGGUUGUCUCCAAAUUUGCCAUGCAGUUCACAUUCCCAUGGCAAUGCGAGAGCACUACCCAUCUUCCAGGAGGAUCCCAAUCUGUUGCUCACCAGUUCAUCCGAUGUGUUCUGCAUCAGUUGGCUCCCAAUGGAGUUUUCAUCCAAAUGUUCUUGACUCAAGCUAAUGAAACCCACCGCAGGAAGUUCUUCAAGAGCGUUGCCCAAGCCCUAAUGGACUUCAAUGAACUAAACCCAACGAGUCCCAUUCAUCUUCUAGUUGAAAGUCUAAAUUCAAAGAAGACUCUUCCUCUAGACACCCUUCCAGUGACUCUGCGCAACCUGGCAGAGUAUCUCCAAUGCCUACCAUCGGACAUUGGUCCGGGUGUUUGGUCUACAACCAUUCAGGGCAUUGAUGCCCUGUUCCGUCGUCUGGUUCUAAUUCUGCACAGCCUUGAAGAGCCAGAAAGUUUACUGGACAUCAUGGUGUGUUUAUUGAAGAUUCAGGGAGUCUCUAAGGCAGUUUUAGAUCCAUUUUCAAAGGUUCUCAGCUUUGCUGUUCAGAAUCUCACCUUGAAGCACAAAAUUAUGCAGGAUCUCUGUCUGUACAGCAGCAGAGCCUUCUCCCGGGAACGUGAUAAGCUGCAGCUUUGCCGUCAGAUGGUCUUUGAAUUGGUGCAAGCCCUAAAGUUCAAGACCAACAUUCCUGACGCCAAUCUGCUGCUUCUGGUGGGAUUUGUCUUGCAAGAUGCUGGUGGAGCUGUUCCACCAGGCAUUGUAGCAGGGCUUCCUGACCAUCCACCAAUUUACACCAACAAUUCAGGCGAAUGCAUGAGGCAGUACUUGAAUGACGUGAUGGACUUCCUGGCGGACUUCCACACGCUCAGCAAGAUUAAGAACUUCAAGAGUGGAAGUGUAGCUGCUGGUUUGACUGAGGAUACCCUCGGGGGCGUACUAAAGGGGGCUGUGGCUCAAUACCUAGCUCUAGAGAUGUCACGGGGGAAUUCUAGAGACAACAAGGCAGUAGCCAGGUACCUUCCCUGGCUCUACAAUGCCCCUUCGUCACUUCAGCAAGGACCUAAGGAGUUCACUGAGUGCGUGGGACACAUGCGACUGCUCUCAUGGCUUUUGAUGGGAUCCCUGACCCACACUGCCCUCAUGGCUCAACGCAGCGGACCCAUUGGACAGCAUGGUGCUUCAGUUCACUACCAUCUGCAGCAUCCUGCUCACACAGUCACACAGCCUGUGCCUCAGGAGGCCAGUUGCCACAUCGCUGAUCAUAUUCAAGUGAUCUUUGCGGGAUUUGCUGAACAGUCCAAGACUUCUGUCUUGCACAUGUCCUCUCUCUUCCACGCCUUCACACUGUGUCAACUCUGGACAGUUUACCUAGAGCAAGCUUCAUGCACAGCAGCCCCAUCUUCUGAGCCUCACAAUGUUACCAUGUCGAUUCUCCUGGAGUUCUGGGCAAAGGUCACACCCUGCAUCCUCCAGCUCAUCACGCAUUCCAAAGUUCUCUCGGAGAUGGUCAAUCUGCACUUCCUGAGCCUUCUGGAAGCUCUGAAAGAGACCAAGUCAACCAUUCUGGCCAAACUUUUGCCUCUCUGGAGUCCAGUUCUCUCUUCAAACACUCAACUCUCUGGCACUCUUCACGUGAGACUUCAGAGCUGCCGAGAUCUAAGUCCCAGUCCAGCCGAGCAGGAUCUCCAUGCCUCAGAUGCCCUCCUGAAGUGGCUACAACGCCUCCAGUUCAAAAUGGGCCAGAUUGAGCUGCAAUCCUCCACGGCAACGCAGUUCUACUCCAUCUAAGAACAUUCCAAAGAAUUCCUAGUCAACCCUAGAGACUGCUUUUUGGCAGAUUUGCCCCAGAAUCUCGUGCCAAGUCCCCCUGUUUGUCGUUUUAAAUGUUUAGGAAAAGACUCUCAUUGUUUAUUGGCAAAAUAAAUGGAUUUAUUGGCUAAA